AUGACACGUUUUUCAGCCGAUGCCCUAUCCGGGCUCUGCACGCAAGAACAGCUGGAUCUUCUAGAUUCAGUCGAUACUCUUCGCUUGCAAGGAAUUAGCCACUAUAUUUCACUCCCGCAGAUUAUUGUGUGCGGGGAUCAAUCUUCGGGUAAGAGCUCCGUCUUGGAAGCCAUAUCAGGAGUCGCAUUUUCAGUGAAGAGUAGCCUCUGCACACGAUUUCCCACGGAACUUGUUCUCCGUAAAAGCGGGCGGAUUGGAGUGAGUGUAUCAAUUGUUCCUCACCAGUCUCACACGGAUUCUGAAAAGCAGUCAUUGGGGGAUUUCCGCGAAAAUCUGGACAGUUUCGAUGGUCUACCCGAGUUGAUCGAAAAUGCGAAGGCCGUUAUGGGAAUCUCGACUCAUGGAAAGGCAUUUUCCAACGAUCUUCUCAGGGUAGAAGUUUCGGGACCUGAUCGACCUCAUUUGACUAUCGUCGAUCUGCCAGGACUCAUUCAUUCAGAAACAAAACAGCAAUCUGCUGCCGACGUCAAGUUGGUACAGGAUUGUCAUCCUGCCGUGGUCUCUGCGAAAAACGAUUUUGCCAAUCAGAUCGUUCUGAACCUCGCCCGCAAUGCUGAUGGAUCUGGGCUGCGAACGCUUGGUGUGAUUACAAAGCCGGAUACAUUGAUUCCAGGGUCCGAAAGCGAGAGCAUGUUUGUAUCUCUUGCUAAGAAUCAGGACGUUAUAUUCAAUCUCGGGUGGCACGUGCUCAGGAAUAGGGAUACCGAACAGGAUAAAGGAACCUUGUCGGAGCGUAACACACAAGAGCAACAAUUCUUUUCACAAGGUGUCUGGGAGUGUAUGCCUCGAGCUCUGGUGGGUAUUGAUACCCUGAGAGAUCGUCUUAGCAAACUGCUUCUUGCGCAAAUUGCUUCGGAGUUACCAAGUUUGAUUGAUGAGAUUGAAUCGUACCUUUUUCAAAUCAGCCAGUCAUUCCAGUCCAUUGUAAAGGCUGCCGUUGAUGGAACAUACAAUCAUCAUUUUUUCGAAGACGUAAAGAAGAAAACCGGUAUCCAGAAGCGAAUCCGUGCGGUGAUACAGAAUCUCAAUGAGGAUUUCGCGCAGCACAUGAGACUACAUGGACACUACCGGCAUAUUUGCCAUCAAGAUGAAAAGAAGAAAAAAGUAGCCACAGCACAGAUUUUAAUCACACGUGAACAUUUCAUUCAACAUAUCGGAAAGCUUGUCAAACAGACCAGAGGUCGUGAGCUGCCUGGCACUUUUAAUCCUAUGAUUAUAUCGGACCUAUUUAUGGAACAAUGCAAUCCAUGGGAAGAAAUCACUCGGAAACAUAUCUCACAAGUUGGUCAUGCAGUGAAGGUGUUCAUCGGACUUGCUGUGUCCUACGUGGCAGACAAAGCUACAUCGGCUGCACUUAUGAGAGAUAUUUUUCACCCUCAGCUAGAUGAACUUCAGCAGGCUGUCGAGGCGAAAACUUCCGAUCUACUGAAGCCCCAUAGAGAAGGUCACCCAAUUACUUACAAUCAUUAUUUCACUGAGAAUUUGCAAAAAAUACGGCAUCAGCGCCGGGAGAGUGAAGUUCUCCAGUCAAUUCAAGGCUUCUUCAAUGUCAGCAAUGUGGAUUCGCCUUACGAGCAGAGCGGUCCCAUUAAGCUUCGUGAAUUGUUCAAUUCUAUCAUGCAGAAUAGAGAGCCCGAUAUGUGUCGUUUUGCCUCUGCAGAGGCACUACAUUGUAUGCUGGCGUACUAUAAGGUCGCCAUGAAGAGAUUUAUUGAUGACAUCGCCAUUGAGGUCAUUGAAGGAACGCUUGUGACGUCCCUUUCUGACCUCUUCUCCCCCGUUUCGGUAUUCCAAAUGCCUCCGGAUACUAUAACUCGGAUUGCAGGAGAGUCGGAGGAAAAUCGGAGCUUGCGUGAACAAUUAACUAAGAAGCUGGACGUUUUAUUGAAGGGUUCAGAAACAUGUAAAAAGUUUGUGAGGAUUCGUACCAUAGCUGUUGAAGAUAUGCGAUACUCCUCCGACAGCGGCAACAAGCUUCCGGAGAGCCCCCUAUCCACUCAGGAAGCAGAUUCUGAACAACUAGGAGAGAGUAGCAGGUUUUGCUCAGUCGGAAAUCGUGUAGGGAGCGAGAUUUACCUCCAAGAAGACUCUGAAAGUACAAUGAUGGCCCUGGUAAAUCCACCUUAUUCCGACCCCAUAAAUGAGCCAGAUAAACCUACAAUCAAUUCGGAGAUGCUUGCUGGGGAUCAAGACGAAGAUGACUUACCCACAUGGAAAGACUUAAUGAAAAAAGCCAAAACAUUGAAGAAAGAUAUUAAGAAACAAAAGAAGCAGAAAAGCUUUCUUGUGGAUAUCGCUAAAUCCCCCGACGGUAAAUUACUAGAUGAAGUACCUGCUGAGUACCUGAGAAAAGCUGAGGAAGUGGCAUGA